AUGGCAACUACCUUUGUCGGAUAUGCCCUCCAUCAUUCUGCCGCAAAUCCUACCAUGACUGCGGUUGUUGGUUUGACGCUUUAUCUCCUUGGCCUCGCCUCCUACAGGCUGUACCUUCACCCGUUAGCAAGAUAUCCUGGUCCAAAGCUUGCAGCACUCACAGUCUUGUACGAAUUUUAUUUUGAUGGCAUCAAGAGAGGGCGUUAUACGUUCGAAAUUGAACGAAUGCAUGAAAAGUAUGGUCCUAUCGUGCGUAUCAGCCCCAACGAGCUUCAUGUAAAUGAGCCCUCUUUCAUCGACGAGCUUUAUGCUGGUAGUAGCAAGAGACGAGACAAAUACCCUUAUUUCAGCGCUCAGUUCGGGAUCCCAGACAGUGUAUUCGGAACGUCCGGCCAUGACCUCCAUCGCCUCCGGCGCAGUGCCCUCAACCGCUUUUUUUCUAAGUCAUCGGUCAGCAGACUUGAGCCAGUUAUUCACAACGCGAUUGAAAAGCUGGUUUUGCAGCUUCAGAAACAUUCUGGGAGUGGCAAACCUGUUGCCAUUAACAUGGCGUUUAGUUGCGUAACGACAGACAUUGUAAUGGAGUAUGCGUUUGCGAAAAGUUACAAUUUCUUGGGAUCCCCAACUUUUGAGCCGAAUUUUCACCGCGCAAUUAUCGCUGGAACGGACAUGGGUCCAUGGUUCAAGCAGUUCCCGUGGCUUAUUACACUGAUGAACAGACUCCCUCAGAGCCUUGUCAUGCGGAUCAACCCAGAAGCAGCGAUCUAUGUGCGGUUCCAGGAGGAUAUUAAAAAUCAGAUUCGACUUACUCAGAACAACAUUGCUUCAGGGUACAUUGGUAGUGGAACUGAGAGAACCAUCUUCCACGAAUUAUUGAUGGGCGAUCUCCCAGAGCAAGAGAAGAGAUUGGAGCGUCUGUGGCAGGAGGGGCAGAUCGUGAUCGGUGCAGGAACAGAGACCACAGCUUGGGCACUUUCAGUUAUGCUUUUCUACGUUCUUGAUGACUGCCGGGUCUUGAGGAAACUGAGAAGUGAAUUGGAGGCAGCCUUUCCCAAUGCUGAUGAGAGAGUCAGCUGGAACCAGUUGGAGAAGUUACAGUAUCUUAGCGCCGUUAUUUGCGAAGGGUUACGUCUUUCCUACGGUGUAAGCACACGACUACAGCGUAUUAAUCCUGUUGGGCCACUUAUAGUCAAGACCAAAGUCUGUUCUGGCAAGAAUGAAGGGAAGAGCAUCACGGUCGAGCAAGAGAUACCGGCAGGAACACCUGUGGGAAUGACAGCGACUCUCAUCCACAACCACCCAGAAUUAUUCCCGAAUCCUGAAAAAUUUCUGCCAGAGCGCUGGCUGGAUGAACAAGGUCGGCGCCAUCAUCAUCUGGACAAGUAUGUUCUGUCAUUUUCUCGCGGCAGCCGACAGUGUAUCGGGAUCAAUCUCGCAUAUGCCGAGCUUUACAUGGUAUUUGGGCUGCUGAUCCGCCGCAUGGGCUCUAGCAUGAGCCUCUUCGGAACAGGCAAAGAGGACGUCGAGAUCCACUAUGAUAGGUUCGUACCCACCCCGAUAGACGGAACCAAGGGAGUUCGAGUCGUUAUCUCCUCUACAGAAGCUUAG